AUGAGUAAAGUGACUGAAGGCACUCCUAAUAUGGAUGAACCUCAACUGGCCUCACUACAGCCAGGUGGUUUACUUCAUUAUGAUUACCGAUCAGCCACUGCAAAGGAAAGAAAACUCUCUGAUCAAUUACGUGUGGUACAAUGGAAUAUUGAACGAGGAAUACAAUUUGAUCGUAUUGUAGAAACCCUACGUGCUCUUCCUGCAGAUAUAUUGAUAUUACAAGAAUUAGAUAUUAAUUGUAAACGAUCGAAUUAUCGUAAUGUACCACGUGAAUUGGCAGAGGCAUUACAGAUGCAAAUUUAUUUUGUAUGUGAAUUUGAAGAACUGGACGCGGUGGAUCGUCCAUUAGAACAUGCCGUGGGUCCACUCUCAUCUACACAAGAGAAGAAUGAGGAUAAUCAUCAUUUUUCAUCACAAGAAAAAGAAGAAAAAGAAAAAAAACGUCAUUUUCAUGGGAAUGCUAUUCUUUCUGCCUCUGCUACUCUUACAGAUGCCUUUGUUAUUCCCCACACGUGUGGUAUUGAUUGGGAAAAAGAAGGAUGGAAACUGCAUGAACCUCGACAUGGAUUCCGUAGUGUUCUCCGUUGUUGUAUUCAACCGCAUUCACGAACUAAUACUCUUUUACCAAAUCUUUAUGUAUAUUGUUGUCAUUUUGAAGUAUUUUGUGGGACACUUGCACGAGUUCGACAACUUCUUGAUAUCUUUCGAGAUAUGAAUAGUAUUCUUGAAAAGGAAAACACGAAAGAGUCAAGGGAAUCAUUUCCUAUUCAACCACUAUCACUACAUAAUUUUUAUUCCCAUCCAGCUUUUAUAAUUGGUGGAGAUUUUAAUACAAUGGCAGAUGGUAUUGUACGAUUUUCUUCUCGAUAUGGAACCGAUCGUAUGCGAUUUUUUAGUAUUGGUGAAAAAGAAGCCUGUUGGUUACAACGUAAAGUUCUUUCACGAUAUAUGAAUAGUAUUACUCGUGGUUGUUGUCCUUUCUCCUAUCGUUUUCCAUCUUAUAUUAUCUCUUUAUUAUAUGAUUGGAUAUGUAAUAGUUAUUUGGUUUGGCGAUGGGUAUAUGGAUUCAAUGCGGAGGAAAUCGCUUUCAUUGAUAAUCGACAUCUUUGUUUAUAUGAUAUGAGUGAUAAGGCCUUAUCCAUCACAUUGGAUCACCCGGCCUAUCAUGGAUUUGUUCGUGGAAAGUUAGAUUGGUUAUUGUUAAGUAAUAUGAAAGUUCUCUCUCCACAGUAUGAGAGAAGAAAUGAAGGGAAUGGUGAAAAGAAAGGCAUUCAAAUACUAGAGGAGAAUGGCUCUAUUACCGCAGAAACCGCAUCCUAUCUACUACCCAAUAAUAAUAAUAAUAAUAAUAAUAAUAAUAAUAAUAAUAAGAAAGAAGGGGAAAUCUCUAAAUUGAUACCUCGUGAUGGAUAUAUAUUAUUUAAUGAGAAAUUUGAGGCUUCUGAUCAUAAAGGACUUUUACUACAUGUAAAACAACAUUUGGGAAUGGCUAGAGAUGUUUAUCCUGCGUAUGGAGCUAUCUAUACAUCAUCAUGGACACAUUUGGGCUUCUUUUUAUGUACACGAGCCGUACCGUUGGCAACAGUGGGGUGGUUUGUGUGGAAGAGGUUUGGGCAGUAA